CGAGAGCAACAGACACACUCAAGAUCUAACACACUCCGUUUAGGGGUUUAGCAUGGAGGAGACGUCUGCGGCGCUGCACCUGCAUACAACUCCUGUCGUGCUCAAGGCGUCGCCCUCCCUCAUCCACGGCAAUCUCGUCGCCUCCCAGCGGCGCAUCGCUUAUGCGCAUCAGUCGAAGGUGUGUUUCUACGCGGUGGACAGCGAGCGGUGUGUCGACGGGCCCACCACGUCCAAGAUCAUCAGCCUCCACUAUGUGCACAUCCGGAAGGCCGGGCCCAAGCCCAUGCUCAUCGUCAACAUGGCCAACGGAACGCAGAUGUGGAACCAAGACGGCACCAGGAUGCUCUACUACCUGCCCGUGCAGCACCCGCAGACAUCCGCCACAUCCACGUCAGCAGCACAGAACGCGGCAGUGGACAUCGGCAAGUGCCACAGAGGGGCGGCUGUGUGCGCCUUCCCGCAGGCAGACCAUGUGAUCAUCGGCUCAUCUGCGGGCGAGCUGAUCAUCAUCCGCACCGACGGCGAUGCCUUCCAUUCGUUGGCCACACGCAAGGUCGCCUCAGCAUCGCCCGUUAUGGUGGUGGCGUGCAGCGGUGAGGGCAGCGACCAGCAUGUGAUGAGCGGCCAUGCCAACGGGGAGAUUGUGUGGUGGCGGCCUGAGGCCAACGGCAUGUACAUGCAGCUGCCGGGCGCAUUGCAGCACGCACAGGACACCCCCACAUGCAUGAAGGUAAGGUGGGCAGGGAGGGAGGGAGGGAGGGACGGGGACAGAAAUCGAUGGAUGGAUGGAUGGAUGGAUGGCAGGAUGGAGGGGGGACAUAUAAGUGAAGUGUCUGUGUGUGUGUUGUUCAGGUGCUCGGCAACACGCUGUACUGCGGUUUCGGGACGGGUCACUUGCGUGUGUACGACGCGGUGCGGCGGGAGCUGAAGAUCGAGAUCGCCGCACACGGCCGCUGGAUCAACGACAUCGACGUCAGACACGAUGUAAACAGCGAGGGAGGGAGGGAGGGAGGGAGGGAGGGGGAGGUAGAGAGGCACCGUGAUGAUGAGAAGUCUUAAGUUUCAGUCCUACACCACAAGGAUGAGUGUGUGACGAUAAACACGCGACCAUACUCUCUGAACACGCAGAAGACAUACAAAGACACCCAGGAAGGAACGUCCAUGUAGCUACGACUUCCGUCGACAAUGUGUGUGGCCACAUUUGUCUGUGUCAUAUACUGCUGCGUUUGUGUGUCCUACAGGGGUUGGUCGCAUCAGUCGGCGAGGAUACGGUGCUGAAUGUGUGGCGCUGCCCGUCGUGCGACAGCGAGGUGUCGCUGGCACACUCGGCCGUCGUGACGGAGAGCCUGCUGACGGGGGUGGCGUUCACACAAAGGCGAGGUGAUACUGCCGACGAGGGUGCUUUCGCUGUGUGUGUGGUGGCGUAUGACAGCGAGGUGCUCUACUUCUUGUCCAACCGCCCAUGGGACGUCAACAUCUAGCUAGCUUGGUCGCUUGCCUGGCUGGCUGCCUGGC